UGACAUUUUAAUAUAUAUUUAUACAAAAUUUACUAAAUCGAUAUUGAACUUUUACUAUUAUUCGUCUACGUGAAAAGUUAUGUAAAGUGAUAAGUGUUUUGCAGAUUAAUUUCAUCCGCCGUAGUUAAAGUGCGAGUGCGAAAUAUUCGAGAAGUGAUAAAUAACGAUUAUAAUCAUGAAGUGUAUAUUUUAUUAAAAUGAAGUUCUUGCAUUGUGUAUUAUUUUUCUAUCAUUGGUUAUAUAAGAAUGAUGGCUCUAGUAAUCGGUGUAUCUAAGUAUUCCUACUCAAUAGUUAUUUCAUUCUGAAAUUUUAAUAAACUUACACAAAAGUGUGAACAAUGACACCUCCAAAGAAAAAGUCAAAAACAGAUCCAAAUCAUGUCGAGGAGAUAAGUGAGAUAUUCCGAAAUGAUAGCCGUGCCAGCAGUACAGAAAUAUUUGGAAGUCAUAAUAGAUUGAUUUCAUCAACCCCGUCAACUAGUACAUAUGACAUACACAGUGUUUUAACAGAUAAUAGAGUGAGCACUAGUAGUUCAAGUUAUCAUAGCAGUGAAAGUCCUAGGAGUAUAAGCACUAGCAGAGAUGUUUCACCUGCUACAAGAAAACGAUCCUUAGAGGAAACAUUCACUACAACUGCGCACUUGGAAGGUGCAAGGUCUUUAUUUACCGGUUAUACACCUUGUUAUCCAUCAGAUUGUCUUCAAAAGGGUAGUCGUUUCAACCUAGAUACAUUCUUGAACAACAGUUCUGCCAAGAAGUUAAAAGAAGUUCAGUCUUCGUCAAAUGCACGUAAAUCACCCUUUUAUAUGGGCCAAACAAUGUUUGGAGGUGCAUCAUCUGCUGCAUACUUGGCAGCGACAGAAAAAUUAACAGCAUCAUUAAGGCAGAUACCAAAAGAUCCCAAUUUAAAACCUGCAAUUCGAAUUGAACCUAUCGUCAUCAAUGCUCAAGAUUCUAAUACAAAUCAAAUGAGCCAAACAGCUCGAAGAAUAUUGUCAACCUUAGAACAAUUUGCCAAACCUUUCACAGGAUCAUCCCCCAGGGCUAAUACUUCACCUACACCAACCUUAGUGCAAAAUGCCAAACGAUUUGGUUCUUUAGAUAGAUCAUUGAAUAGGAGUAGAGACAGUAAUGAUCAAUCACCAAUACUGGCUAAUAAACCAUAUGCACGGUCACCUGUAUUUAGGUCCUCGAACACAUGUUUCCAGAAAGAAUUGCAAGUUGCUACAGUUCCUGAAUUGUUGAAACUUCUGCAUAAAAAUCAAUUACAGAAAAGUACUUUAGCAGCACGAAAAGUAGCUACGACUUCUAACAGUGAUUUAAUGAAACCUGACACUACAUAUAAGUUGAGAGUGGAUGAUAACGAUAAAAUGGACAACAAAUCUAUCACAAAAGUUAAGACAAAGAUAUCUAGUGUGAGGGCAAAUAAAACUAACUUGGAUUUGGAGGAGCCGGCUCCCUCAUUAGAUUUACCAUCUGUGCAAUUGAAUAUUACCACUAUGCCCAAAUUUGAUAUUCAGUUACCUACAAAAAUUGACGCCUCUGUAAAUAAGCUAAAACCAACAGUACCUGCCAUUUUUGACAAAGAUUCAAUAUCUUCUACUUUUACUUUUAUUUCAUCCUCUUCAACUGUUCCAUCUACAGCUUCUUCUAUUGUUGCUCCUUCCACUACUUCUGCUCCUGCCUUUAUUGGUGCUUCUGUUACAAGUGCUGCUCCAGUUUCCGUUCCUAAUGUUACUGCUUCUACUACUAAACUAGUCCCACAAUAUGCAAUUGACAAAUCCUUACCUACACAAUUCAAAUUUUCAUUUCCUGCUUACUUUUCCAUGAUUUCUAAAUUGAAUAUUAAAGGACAAGACAACAAUUCCUAUAAAUUCCACAGUCCUGACAAAAUAAAUUCUACAAGUGACAGUUUGAUUAAAUGUGAUGAUACAAACAAAUAUGAAUUCAUAAAAAUGGUAAAUAAUAAGAAUUAUUGGGAAUGCAAAGUUUGUUAUGCAAAAAAUUAUUCAAAUAUAACUCAGUGCAUUUUAUGUGGUGAGCAUGUGAAAGGAAAUGAAAAGAGAAUACAUGCAUCAUCAUUAAAAUCAUCCCAAAGUUCUGAAAAGAAAAAGUUUGAAGCAUGGGAAUGUAAAGAGUGUUCACAUAAGAAUUCAAUCGAUCAAAAUAAAUGCAGAAGUUGUGGAAUUAAAUAUCCAAGCAUUAAUUUUAAAUUUUCCUCAUCUGAUUCUUAUCAAGGAUUACUCAACGAACAGAAUAAAAAAUGGGAGUGUAUUCAAUGUUUAACUAGAAAUGAUGCAGAAAAAGUCAAAUGUGUUUGCUGUGAGAAAUCUAAACCUGAUAUGCCUCCUAUCAAUGAUGCUCAAGCACCCCUUUCAAAUUCUUUCGAAUCCUUAGUUAAAAAGCAAAAUGAGAAAUGGGAGUGUGUACAGUGCUUUACUAGGAAUGAAUAUCAACAAAACAAAUGUAUAUGCUGUACAGCUGCAAAAUCUGAUGGAAUAAAUAAAUCAGUUACAACUUCUAAUACUUUUCAAGAUGUGCUCAAACAACAGAAUCAAAAAUGGGAAUGCAGUCAAUGCUUGACAAGGAAUGAAACUGAAAAGAUUAAAUGUGCUUGUUGUGAAGCACCAAGAACAGGAUGUGCAAUUCAUAGCACAUCAAUCAUGAAAAAGACGAAUGUAACCACAAACUCUUUCGAAGAUUUGUUAAAAAAACAAAAUGCAAAAUGGGAAUGUGGACAAUGCUUAACUAGAAAUGAGUCUGAGGUAACUAAAUGUGCUUGCUGUAAUGCAUCUAGAUCAGGUGUUGACAAUCAGGCAUCAUUGAAAAAUGUUUUUACUUUAGGAAAGAAUAAUUUAUCCAGUUCGUUCCAAGAUAUAGUGAAGAAACAAAAUCAAAAAUGGGAGUGUAAUGGUUGCAUGACUCGCAAUGAUCAACAUAAAACAAAAUGUGCAUGUUGCGAAGCUCCUAAACCUGGUACUGUUCAGGAAAAGAAUCAGUUCAACUUCUCAUCAGUGCCCAUCACUGAAUUCAAAUUUGGAAUUGAUAAAGCUUCUGAUGGUGUAACUAAAACUCCUGUAUCAACAGGAGCAACAAUUGAUUCAAUGUUUAAGGCUUCUACAUCAGAUGCAACCUCAAACACAAGUCAAACCUUUUCAUUUGGCAUGCCUGCAACAGUUAAGCCGAAUGAAUUGAAAACGGAAAAAAGUGAGGUAGUUGAAUCCAAACCUGCUACUGUGAAUACAACACCUGCAACAACAAAUACAGCGUUUGUGUUUGGUAUGCCACAAAGUACAAAUCUUUCCACUGAACCAAAAGUUACAAGUUCAAGCACAUCAGUCAGUGGUGAUACAGUGUUUCAAUUUGGAAAGACAUCUAAGGAACCCGAUAACACUGUACCACCAGUUUCUAUAGGUUUUGGUAUUCUACCUUCAUCAAAAUCACAAGCUAACAACAAUAUUUCUAAUAUUACUAUUACAAAUACAAGUUCUGCUAAUGUCACCACUGUCACAUCAAGUUCAAACAGUUUAUUCUCGUUUGGAAGCAGUACAUCAUCAUCUUCAGCAUUCAAUGGAGGUGUUGGGUCCAAUUUUAAAAAAUCGGAAGACAGUACAAAAAUUACCACACCAACCUUAAAACCAUUACAAACCGAAUCUUCUUUAUUUAAAAUAGCUGACAAACAACCAGAUCAGGCUAAUCAGGAUAAUGGAAAUCCUUCACCUAAGAAAACUUGCUUUGUUUUUUCUCCAAAUGUGUCAACUACAGCAACAUUUGGGUCAAGUUCGAAAUCUACUUUUGCUGCACCUGAACUGAAAGUUUCAAAGGACACAGGGUUCCAAUUUCCAUCAGAUGCUCUUUCCAAUACUGCAAACCAAAAGCCGGCAUUCUCUUUUACUUCAAAUACAACCACUGACAAGCCAGGUGUAUUUGUGUUUGGAAACAGCGGUAGAAAUGAGAAUAAUGCAUCUUCAAGUCCAUUUGUAUUUGGAGCACCAACUCAACAACAAAAUCAAACAAGUAUGGGAUUUGGAAAUAAUAAACCAAAUAAUUUUAGUUCAAAUCAGACAUCUACUUUUGUCAACCCAUCCUCUACCUUAUUUGCGUCUCAACCUGCAACUAAUACAGCAUCAAAUAAUAUAUUUGGAGCGAAUUCUACAUCUAGUACAAAUAGUUCAAUCUUUUCCUUUGGUUCAAAUACUUCUCAACCUGCAGCAGCCGGAUCACCUGCUAUGUUUUCAUUUGGCAGCAAUGUUAAGUCUACAGCAGCACCCACAACUGCAGGUGGGUUUAAGUUUGAUUUGGGCUCAUCUGCACCAGCAUCAACAUCAGCUCAACCAGCAGCAAACAGUCUUAAUUUUGGUACAGACUUGAAAACAUUUCCUGCUGUUCAAUUUCAAAUUGGUGCUGCUCCUAGUGAGGGUAGAAGAAUAAAGAAAGCUGUACGAAGAGGACCAAGAUAGUCGAGUUAAUAAAUUUAGUGAAUACUUUGUAAGAUAAAUAUAAAUUUAAUGGUGUGAAUAUAUGAAGAAAUUAGCUUUUU